AUGGCAAAAGACUGGCAAGAUGCGCAUUUGGGUCAAUGUCAGCGGAUUGAAGAUUAUCCAAAUGUAGCCAUUAAUUACCCAGGAUCGUAUGUAACUCCUUCCGGAACCAUGGCAUAUCAUCCUACGAAUACUCCCUUCUAUGCUCAAGUACCUACCCAUACCAGUCCCCAAGGUACUCUAUACCCAGUUUAUAAUUCUGUAAGCCCAGUAUACGACCCUACUACUGGGCGUGUUCUCUAUCGAAACAUAGGACCUUCUCCGACCGCUUCAAUACCUCCCGCUCGCCAUGGGUUGGCUGUUUAUGGUCCAUCGCCGCAUUUGCAAGCUCAUCCUGCUCCUUCUACCCAUCCAGGCGAAGCUGCUCCGUCUACUGCAGCAGCCGGAAGUCAAGUGAAAACUAACGGUGAUUAUCCAUCACAAGCUAUGAUGGCUCCUUCAGGAGAAUCUAACAACGUCUCUCGCCCUACAAACGCACGAUCAUCUGUUUCUCCUUUUGUUACCAAUCAAAAAAUUCCUCUUGCAUCCGGCCCUUCAAGUCAACCACCACCGGCCAACAAUGAGUUUAGGCAAUUAAAUGUAACCGAUGCUUUAUCCUAUCUGGACCUGGUAAAGUUACAAUUCCACCACGAACCUGAAGUUUAUAAUGAAUUUCUUGAUAUCAUGAAAGAGUUCAAAUCGCAGGCGAUUGAAACUCCUGAGGUCAUUACCCGAGUAUCUGCUUUAUUUUCUGGUUAUCCCGCAUUGAUUCAAGGAUUUAAUACAUUCCUACCACCUGGGUAUGGUAUUGAGCUCGGUCCUUCUGAAUUUGGGAAACCCCCGGCCGUACAUAUCACAACACCACAAGGGCCGCUGGUAAUCGCAGAUUGGAAUCGUCCUCAUGCUACUGCCCAAGUGCCUUCGGGUUAUCAAAAACCAGCUCCUUACCAACCAGCGAAUUCACAGCCCGCUGUCCCAUCCCCUGGUGUAAUUCCCCCUUCUGCUCAAUCCUCUACUUUUGCUCCAUACAAGUCCUCUCCUUCUCCGAUGCCUCCUUCAUUUCCCUCUGUAGAUGCAUCUGUGAAGCAAGCCGCCGAUCUGGACCAUGCUAUUCAUUUUGUAAAUAACGUGAAAAAUAGGUUUUCCCACAAACCUGAAGCUUACAAUGCUUUUUUGGACAUACUGAAGUCAUAUCAGCAUGACCAGCGUCCUAUACAACUCGUUUAUUAUCAAGUUUCCCAAUUAUUUGCAGAGGCCCCUGACUUAUUAGAAGAGUUUAAACGAUUUUUGCCAGAUGUUUCUCUUAAAGCUACUUCAGAAAACCAGGAGAAGCCUGCUGCUGCCAUCUCCGAACCUGCAGCGCAAGCUUCUAAAGCUUCUCCUGCCACUACAACUUCCUCUCUCCCUCCAAUUGGAAAGUUUGCUCCUCCAGCUCCCGUAAAGCCACCUCAACAGACUGAGAAACGCCGUGUUGAGCCAGCCGUAUAUACCAGAAGCCACGCAAAGCGUACGAGAACGGCAACCCAAGCUGCCGAAGAAUAUAGUCCAAGAGCUUUCAAUGUCCCAAUUGCUCAAAACAAAAACCCGACAGAGCUUGCUUUUCUUGAUGCGGUACGUCAAUAUUUGGUUAACGAGUCCAAGUAUAAUGAGUUUAUUAAGCUCCUUGAGUUAUACUCUCAAGAAGUAUUCGAUAAAAAUGCUCUGGUUGAACGUUGCCAGACAUUCCUCCAUGAAAGUGAGCAUUUAAUGAAUUGGCUCAAAGACUUAGUUAAGUGGGAUUCUAAUGAUUGUAUUCCUGUUCCAAGACCUAGAGUUGACUUAACACAAUGUAAAGGUUAUGGCCCAAGCUAUCGUCUGCUUCCCAAAAUUGAGUUAUUAUUGCCUUGUUCAGGAAGAGACGAUGUAUGUUGGACUAUCCUAAAUGAUGCUUGGGUGAGCCAUCCAACUUUGGCAUCCGAAGACUCAGGUUUUAUCGCCCAUCGAAAAAACCAGUUUGAGGAAUCUUUACACAGAUUAGAAGAGGAAAGGUAUAAAUAUGAUCGUCACAUUGGUGCAAACGUGAGAGCUAUUGAACUUCUUGAAAUGAACUUCCGAAAAAUGCAAAAGUUAACCGAGAACGAAAAAGAAAGUUGGACUCUACCUGUUGGUCUUGGCGGUAAGUCUCCUAGUAUUUAUCAAAAAGUCAUACGGAAGGUCUAUGGAAAAGAGGCAGCACAAGAAAUUAUUGAAAACCUACAAAAACAUCCUGCCAUCACUAUUCCAAUCGUGCUUAAUCGAUUAAAACAAACUGACCGCGAAUGGAGAGGUUUGCAAAAGCAUUGGAAUGAGCUUUGGCACGAUAUUGAAGAAAGGAACUUCUAUCGUAGCCUUGAUCAUCAAGGUAUCACUUUCAAAUCUACUGACAAGAAGAACACUACUCCUAAAUUUUUGAUUGGAGAGCUUCGAAAUUUAUCGAAACAGCAAAAAAAUGAAACAGAGGAAGGGAAAACAGCCCCAUCCUAUCAAUAUCUUUUUGAGUACAAGGAUAAGUCAAUUGUUCUUGAUAUGGCUCGAUUAUUUGGUGUUUUCUUGGUCCAUGUUUCAACACAUUCUAUCGAAGACCGAGAAAAACUUUCUAUUUUUUUACGUUCGUUCUUAUCAAUUUUCUUUGACAUCCCAUAUGAAUCAUUUGAACAGUUCUUACCUAGUCAUUUCAAUGAUGAUGAUUCAGAAACAGAAUCACAAGUGAGUAGUCUUGAUAAGACUAGACGUUCAAAUACUCCAACGUCUCAUGGCGUCAACAAUGGCUUGGGGCUAUUGAAGGAUAUUUUCAAAAAGUCACAAAAGGGCCCUCGGGAAAGCAGAAGCGUAAAAUCAGAGUCUGCACCUGAAUCCACUGAAGAAACCCCCGAGCCAAAUGAAGUGGAUGAAUAUUCUGUUGAUGCUGAAGAGCCUAAUGAUUUAACAGCUACGUCUAUUUUUUCCAGUGGUGAAGUUUGGGUUAAUUGUAGAUUUACCGAUUCAGAUGGAGCCUUGUUGGAUGACGGAACUAAGUUAUCUGAUCGUAAUGUUUUCAAUCUAUUUGGGAAUAUGGGACUUUAUUGUUUUUUUAGACUAUUUCAUAUUUUAUAUACCCGAUUAGAACAUUUGAAAGGACUUGAGGAAAAAGCAUAUCAAAAACAACACGGUAUUAAGCCCAACCCUGUUGCACUUGAAUUAGGACUUAUCCGAGAUCCUUCCGAGCGCUUGGGAUUCACGCUUCCUCAUUCUGAUACCGUUUACGGUCAAGCUUUAGGACUAUGCGAGCGUAUAAUUGAAGGAGAAAUAGAUCAAAAUGGGUUUGAAGAUGCCUUGCGGUGUUUAUAUGGAAUACACGGAUUCAGGAUGUACACCGUUGAGAAAAUUAUUGGCUCCUUGAUGAAACAACUGCAUACAAUAACUAGCAACCGUCGGAUAGCACAAGUAUUCAUGUUUUUCGAAAGGGAUCGGGUACAGCGAAAAACUAGUCCUCGGCAGCAAAUUAUGUAUCGUGUACAAACAGAGACUGUGCUUGGACCUGAUGAAGACUUGUGUUGUAUAGACUGGAAUUCGGAAACUCAGCAAUCGGCUAUUCGCCUUAUGGGAAGAGAAGACUUAACUAUGGCAAAUCCAAAGACCGAUGCAGAGAAAUGGUGCUAUUAUAUUGGUAGCUAUAUAAUGUCCAGUCCAACCGAGGGAAUUUUGCCAGAACAAGUUCGAGUCCCUUUUUUGCAUCGAAACUUACCAAUUGAUGAUGUUAACGAAGAGGAUGAGAAUAAUUACGUUGUGCGCAACGCUCAUGCAAUACUCACAAAUUUCCUGAGAAGCGGUUUGGCACUCACAAUACCUAUCAAUACGGUGAAGAUAGUUUACGAACCAAAUACGGAAGAUGUUUUCGCUCGUAACUCUAAGCUUGUUUAUACUGGAUCUUAUACAAAAAUAAAAAGUUACAGACUUUCUCGAUGGCGUGAAUGGUUAGAAAGUGAAGACGGAUGGUCUAGAGGGUUGACCAAAGAGAAAUCGAAAAAGAUUAAAUCUACAUCUCUUGAUACCCUAUUUGCUGAGACCAAUUCGCGUGCUUGGAAACAAGAACAAAUGACAUUGUCAGAGGGUAAAGGAAAAAAUGGGUUGAACACUGCGACUGGUAAUGGCAAAAAGUCUGGAUACAGAGCAAGAGGGGCCAAAUCUAAUGUUAAUGCUGAACCGCAGCGAGAGAAACCAGAAGUGGAUUUAAAUGACGAUAAUACGUCUGAAGAAACAAGUCAAAUUGACGGGGAAGAUGAUGCCAAUACCCAAGACGAGGAUGAAGCAGAGUUAUCUAAAGGUCAUCAACGAGGAAAAAAGUAUGAUGAAGACAAUAAUGAAAUAGCCGACAAGAUGUAUACGAAAGAAAAAUCGCCGAAAGAGAAUGUGGAAGACGAACAAAAAAAUCAGGAAACUUACAAGCAAUCUGCAAAUACGUCUGCCACCAAUUUAAAUAAAUUAGACGCUGAUAUGGAGGACGAUAAAACCGACAUGGAAGAGCAAGCUGAUGAGUCUUUCGAUGGUGAUAAUACGAUGGAAGAUGAUCUUUUGAAGGAGUAG